CUCCGCGCAGCCAUCUACUACCAAAACAACCAGGACGGAAAUUGUAACAGUCGGACAACUGACAAGGAGGGAAACAAGGAAACCUGAAACGCCUCCCCACAAAUGCUUCAGAGCUACAGUAGCACUUCAGAGAACAUGUGAUGGGCUUGGUGUGUCGCUGUCAUGUGGUCUCCUCACUCUCACACCCGACGGAAAACCACGCCUCCACAAGGACCCCUCUGAGCACGGGUGACCUUUGACCUGUCCCCAGCGAGACACUGCACCCCUGAUCACAUCCGGGGGGGUGUUUACCACACACCCCGUCCACCCCCCAGACCCCAGCCCCACCCCCACUCCCCUUUUACGGAUCUCCGCCACCUCCACCUCCAUCUCCAUCUCCGUCUCCACCCCCCGCCUCCACCUCCUCCUCCACUCUCACCUGGAUUAGAUCUUCACUCUGCUGCUAGAUCUUCGUCCUCUGGCAGAGCGGCUGGACUGGAGGUUUGCGUACAAAUGUCUACCUCACGAUUAAAGGGCGUCUCUCUACCACUGCGACCCUGAACACUCUACAAAAUGACCUCCAGCAUAGACCGGGAUGACAGCAGUAUCUUUGAUGGGUUAAUGGAAGAAGAUGAGAAGGACAAAGCAAAACGAGUUUCCAGGAAUAAGUCGGAGAAGAAGAGGCGAGACCAGUUCAAUGUCCUCAUCAAGGAACUGGGCACCAUGUUGCCGGGCAACACCCGCAAGAUGGACAAGUCCACCAUCCUGCAGAAGAGCAUCGACUUCCUACGCAAGCACAAAGAAAUCGCUGCCCAGUCAGAGUCAAGUGAGAUCCGUCAGGACUGGAAGCCGCCGUUCCUCAGUAACGAGGAGUUUACCCAGCUGAUGCUGGAGGCACUAGAUGGCUUCUUUCUGGCAAUCAUGACGGACGGAAACAUCAUCUACGUGUCAGAAAGUGUCACAUCUCUACUAGAACAUCUGCCUUCGGAUCUGGUGGACCAGAACCUGUUGAACUUCCUGCCUCUGGGGGAGCACUCUGACGUCUACAAGGCCCUGUCCGCAAACAGCCUGGAAGGAGAGACGCUCACGCCGGACUACCUGAAGACGAAAAACCAGCUGGAGUUCUGUUGCCACAUGCUCCGGGGCACGAUAGACCCCAAGGACCCGCCUGUGUACGAGUACGUCAAGUUCAUCGGAAACUUCAAGUCCCUGAAUAAUGUGCCUAACUCGACACGUAACGGCUUCGAAGGGGUUAUCCAGCGAUCGCUGCGACCGGCAUUUGAUGAUCGGGUGUGUUUCAUAGCAACCGUGCGGUUAGCCAAGCCUCAGUUCAUCAAGGAGAUGUGCACGGUGGAGGAACCUAAUGAGGAAUUCACCUCCCGACACAGCUUGGAGUGGAAGUUUCUCUUUCUCGACCACAGUGAUGCAGUAUGGGAAAGGCAAGUCGUGCUACUACAGGUUCCUGACGAAAGGUCAGCAGUGGAUCUGGCUGCAGACACAGUACUACAUCACCUACCACCAGUGGAACUCCAGACCCGAGUUCAUCGUUUGCACACACACAGUAGUCAGUUAUGCUGAGGUGAGAGCGGAACAGCGACGAGAGCUGGGUCUCGAGGAGUCUCACCCGGAGAUCACCGCAGACAAGCAGAGCCAUCACGACUCGGGCUCGGAGUCGCAGCUCAACACCUCCAGCCUGAAGGAGGCGCUAGAGCGCUUCGACUGCAGCCACACGCCCUCGGCCUCGUCGCGCUCCUCUCGCAAGUCCUCCACGCACACGGCUGUCUCCGAUCCCACCUCCACACAGACGAAGUUGCAGACGGACCGCAGCACGCCCCCGCGGCAAUCGGUGUCCGCCAUGGAACGCCGGGCCCUCCAUUGGCAGUCAGUCCGAUUACAGUCCAUGAGCUCACAAAACACGGCGCAGACCAUGGCCACAUCGAUGGUCUCCCAGCAACAGCAGCCACAGCAACAGCUUCAGCCCACUGUGCAGUUCACCACUCAGCUGGACGCCAUGCAGCACCUGAAGGACCAGCUGGAGCAGCGCACGCGCAUGAUCGAGGCCAACAUCCAGCGGCAGCAGCAAGAGCUGCGCCAGAUCCAGGAGGAGCUGCACAGGGUGCAGGGACAGGGCCUGCAGAUGUUUAUCCAGCCUGGUGCUAGCGGGCUCAACCUGGGCUCGGUGCAGUUGACUCAGGGGACAGCCUUGCAGGCAGGGGGCACUCUCACCAUGCAGGGCCAGGUGGUGCCAGCGGGCAGCCUCCAGGGCAGCCUCACAACCACCCAGCACGUCGUACAACAACAACAACAACAACCGCAGCAGCAACAACAACAACAGCAACCACAACAACAACAACAACAACAACAACAACAACAACAACAACAACAGCAGCAGCAAGCCCAGGCCCAGCCUCAGAACCUCCUGCGGGAUCAGAGCGCCACCCUCGCGCAGCCGCAGCGGCCGUCCCACCAGCUGCAGUCUCCGCAGGGCGCCCUGCCGGCCUCGCUCUACAACACCAUGAUGAUGGUGCAGCCGUCUCAGCCGGCGCAGGCCAACGUGGUGCAGAUCGCCACCAGCUUGGCGCAGACCAACAGCCCCAGCGGCGCCGCCGUCGCCACCUUCUCCCAGGACCGGCAGAUCCGGUUUCCAGCGGGCCCUCAGCUGCUGACCAAGCUGGUGACGGGUCCGAUGGCGUGCGGCGUGAUGGUGCCCACCACCAUGUUCAUGGGCCAGGUGGUGACGGCGUUCGCGCCUCAACAGGGCCAGCCGCAGACCAUCAGCAUCGCCCAGCAACCGACCCAGCAGCAACAACAACAACAACAGCAACAACAACAGCAGCAACAACAACAACAACAACAGGUGCAGGAGCAGCAGGCACAGACGGCGGUGGCCGUUGCUCAGCAACAGCAGGGUCAGGCCAAGGCGCAGCUGGCUCAGCAGCAGACGCAGUUCCUGCAGGCUCCUCGGCUGCUCCACAGUAACCAGUCCACCCAGCUCAUCCUGCAGGCUGCCUUCCCUCUGCAGCAGCAGGGUGCCUUCGCCACCACACAGCAGCUGCAGCAGCAGCAACAACAACAACAACAACAACAACAACAACAACAGCAGCAGCAGCAGCUACAGCAACAGUUGCAGCAGCAGCAGCAGCAGCAGUCACACAGAGUAGACGGCAUGACGGACCGGUCCAAUACGUCCACGCAGUAGCCUGGCCUCAAGGGCCUACAGGAUGGACAGUGGGGAGGGGUGAUGGUGGUGGCUGUUGUGGAGGAGGUGGAGGUGGAGGAGGAGAAAGGCUGAACCCACGUUAGUUGGUGUUUUGACAGUGGAGAGGGGCAUUUGGGUGUUGUGUUUUUUGUUUUGUUUUGUUUUUGUUUUGUUUUGUUUUUCAAAGCUAACAGUAAGAAUAAGCAGUAUUUCGACUGUUUGGUCUUUUUAGACCACCCGGCCCUCUUCCUGCAUUGACUCUAAGGGGGGGGGGCCUGAUGGAGGUCUUGACCUCCGCCCCUACCCCCUGCCCGCCGCACCUCCCUGCCUCGACCCCACCCCUACCCGCCUCACCCCACCCCGCCAUCCUCCUCAAGGAUGCCUUGCCUGCCUGGACGCAGGUCCUGGAAUGUUCCAGGAACACGUGGCCGCGCAAAGCGCCGGACCCUCCGGUCAGCUUGUGACCCGAGGAGAUGGCGGUGGUGCCCGCCGUCUCCGUUGUGGAAUCCCGCUCGAGAGCUGUCGCUGCGGAGACGUCCACUACGCAGGCUGUCCGGCUGGCAAGCCCCCACACCCCCCCCCUCUCUUCGCUCGUCCCCUCGUCCCUGGUAUCUUGUGUGCCCGUCACCUCUCACAGGUUUAAUUUAUGCAGACCGUUCCAGACACUGGGCUGAGGCGAUUCAUCCGGGCUUCAAAGAAGUCCUGCUGAGCAGACGACUGCUUUUUCCCUCCUUCUGUACUCUUCCUUUCCUUCCUUUUCUUUCCUCUCUCCCUCUCUCUUUCUCUCUGUUGCUCCUUUUCUUUUUCUUUUUCAUGUCAAAGUAAUUAUGGGUCAGAAAAUAUUUUUAAGAAUGUCAUGUGGAUUGAACUUUUAUUGUACAGAACACCUGUAAAAUAAUCUGUAAAUAUAUGGAUAAAAGGACAGAGAAACUAAUAUUUUAUAUAAUGCAUGAAAUGAAAAGCCUAGUCUGUUAUUUGUAGCUUUGAAUAUACUUUUUUUCUAGUAUUCAAAGAAAAAAAGAGAACUUAACACGCUUAAUGGCUGAUAUUGUUCACAGACUUGCUUUUCCUUGUGGGUUGUGUGUGUGUAUGCGUGAGUGUAUGUGAGUGUGUAUGUGUGUGUGUGUGUGUGUGUGUGUGUGUGUGUGAAUUAGUGUGUAUGUGUCUGCAAAGCAGGCACUGCCGGUUUUACAGAUUGUGUCACAGUUUGUUUUGUCCUCAAACACAUAAUUUAUUAGUACUGUUGAGUUUUUUUUAAUGGAAAUGGAACAGAUUUUUAAAAGUAAAUAUAUAUGGCUUUGGUUUAUAUAGUACAGAUAUAUUAUUCAACAUUUUAAUUAGUAUAUACAGAUACUGAUCAGGUGGCAAUGUUUCAUGGAGUGAGUGAGUGUGUGUGUGCGUGUGUGCGCGCAUGUGUUUUUGUGUUUGUAUUUGACUGCGCAUAUUGUGUGAUUGUGUGUGUGUGUGUGUGUGUGUGUGUUCAUGGAUAGCUUAAUGCAUUAUAUGGUGUUGAAUUGCCACCAUACAGUUUCUGUUAACAUUCACACUAGAUGAUCAGGUUAGUGCAGAUGGCGUUAGGUCUCUGCAGUGCAGACCUCAUCUGAAUGUUUACAGGAGUUUGCCGAAGUCACAAUGGUUUUUGGAAAGAAUGAGUGCGUGAUCUUCAUGAUCGAUACAAUAGUGCCAAGGCAUGACUGUUGUAAGUUAGGGAUUUAAAAAAAAAAAGAAAAGACAAAACACCUUAAUACAGACCUUAUGAUUUCACACCGCUACACAGCAGCUUGUAGAGAUUAUUAUUAUUAUUAUUAUGUACUUAAGUGUAGCUGCAAGUACUCGACAACAAUAUCUACCUUACCAAACCAAACCUCAUUUACAGUAAUAAUUCAGCACACGUCCAUGUGUGGCUUUGCACAGUAUAUUCUUAGUAAUGUAGUCCCGAUCUGACUCCCAGGCGUGUGUGGCCUGAUGCGACUAGCCCACAAUAGCAGAGUUCUAAUAGCGCCAGAAUAUCUUCUGAAUUUUCUUUUAAUCUGUGUUGUCGUUCCAAGCACCACUCUUGCGGGACAGUGCUAAAUCGAGUCCUCGCAAAUAGGCAAGGGUGGCUUUAAUGUUGGCCCUCCUGCUUCCUUAUUGGAGGUGCUCAAGUAAGGAGACAUUAAAUGACUCCUUUGACUUAUGGUCAUGAAGGUAUAGCACUUAUAUUA